AUGACGUUUGUCCAGCCUCCCUUCCUCUGGGAGCAGCCCCUACCAUGUGAGGAAGAGGCGAUGGAGGAGGUCGCAGCUUCGGUGGUGAUGACAGAACAUGAUUACGGUUCUGCUCCUAAACCAGGUGCACUGGAUGCUGCUGCUGCACACAUACAGCAACUGGAAGACAAAAUCAAGGAGCUGACAACAGAGCUGUCACAGCUGAAAGUGGGUGAAGUGCAUUUUCACCGAUUUUGUGUCUCAGACAAGGACAUCCUUUUUUACACAAGAUUCACGUCAAGAUAUGUUUUUUGUCACUUCUGGGAGGCAAUUCAACCAUCUGCCUCCAUGGUGGUUUAUUGGUCGAAAGCUCAGAAAAAGGGACAAACAUUUGAACCCAUUUCUCCCAGUCCAACGCGUAGGCUGCAACUGGUUGAUGAGUUUUUUCUUUUCUGCUGCCGAGUUGCUGCAGGCCUGCAAGAGAAGGUGCUGGCUGACAUGUUUCAGGUCAGUGUGUCCACUGUCUCCCGUGUUGUUAUAACGUGGGCCAACUACCUUUACCUGCUCCUUGGCUCCCUUCCCAUCUGGAUGAGUAAACAGCAAGUCAAGAACACCAUGCCAAGCAAAUUUGUGCAGUACAGUCCAGAUGUUCGGGUAAUCAUCGACUGCACCGAGGUGCGAUGCCAGAAUCCAUCAUCCCUCACUCUCCAGUCUGAGGUUUUCUCAUCGUACAAAAACACGACAACCUUGAAGGGAUUAAUUGGGAUUGCCCCAUGUAGUGCUGUGACUUUUGUGUCAAGUCUCUUCACCGGCUCCAUCUCUGACCGAGAGCUGACUGAACAAAGUGGACUGCUGGACUUACUGGAGCCAGGAGAUGGCUGCAUGGCAGACAAGGGUUUCACCAUCGAGAAGCUGCUAGCUGACCGUGGGGCAAUGCUGAUUAUACCACCCUUCAAGAUGACAGCGCAGUUCACCAAAGAGGAUGCUCUAAAAACACAAGCAAUCGCCCGACUUCGAAUCCUCGUGGAAAGAGCAAUACGCAGAGUCAAGGAAUAUCGCAUCUGGGAACACACUCUCCCUCUAACCUUGUCUGGGACAGUCAACCAGCUGUGGACCGUCUGCUGUGUGAUGACCAACUUCCAGGGACCACUUGAUUUAAAAGGCUACAUCCCUGUUGAAUAGUGUUUCCCCCGAUCACAUGCAUUCAACUGUAUACUGAAUACAUUGUAUAUAUUGAAUGAGAUGUAUAUAAUGAAUGAGAAGUCAUUCAUCUAUAAUCAAUUGUAAAGGU